UCCCGCUUCAACGAGGACCGGGAUUUCCAGGGCAAUCACUUCGAUCAGUACGAAGAAGGACACUUGGAAAUCGAACAGGCGUCGCUCGACAAGCCUAUAGAAUCGGAUAAUAUCGGACACCGCUUGCUCCAGAAACAUGGGUGGAAGCUGGGCCAGGGAUUGGGAAAAUCUCUUCAGGGGAGGACGGACCCCAUUCCGAUCGUCGUCAAGUAUGACGUCAUGGGCAUGGGCCGCAUGGAGAUGGAGCUCGAUUAUGCCGAAGAUGCGACGGAGCGGCGGCGGGUCCUGGAAGUGGAGAAGGAAGACACGGAAGAGCUGAGGCAGAAAUACAAGGACUACGUGGACAAAGAGAAGGCCAUCGCCAAGGCCCUGGAAGACCUCCGAGCCAACUUCUACUGCGAGCUGUGCGACAAGCAGUACCAGAAGCACCAGGAGUUCGACAACCACAUCAACUCGUACGACCACGCACACAAGCAGCGGCUGAAGGAUCUCAAGCAGAGGGAGUUUGCUCGCAAUGUCUCCUCGCGGUCCCGGAAGGACGAGAAGAAGCAGGAGAAGGCCCUGCGGCGGCUGCACGAGUUGGCUGAGCAGAGGAAGCAGGCCGAAUGCGCCCCCGGGAGCGGCCCCAUGUUCAAGCCGACCACGGUAGCCGUAGACGAAGAAGGGGGCGAGGAGGAAAAGGACGAGGCGGCCGGCGGCGGCAACAGCACCCAGCCGGCCUUCGGCCCGGCCCCCGAAUCGGCCGCCGACCGCGGCGGCGGGGCAGCGGCGGCCUCCGCUCCCGGCCCGGCCCCCCAGCCCCUCGGCUUCGGCGUGAAGAACCACCUGGGGACCCCGCUGCAAAAACUAGGGGUGUCGUUUUCCUUCGCCAAGAAGGCCCCCGUCAAACUGGAGUCGAUCGCCUCGGUCUUCAAGGAUCACGCGGAGGAGGGCGGCCCCGGGGACGAGCCCCCGGCCGAGGAGAAGGGCUCCGACCGCGCCGAGGGGGCCGCGCAGAAGGCCGGCGAGGCCGAGGGGGCGGGUCAGCCCGACGGCAAGAAGGCCGAGGAGGACGCGGCCGAGAAGGACGGCGGCUCCCUGGCCUCGACGUUGUCCAAGCUGAAGAAGCUGAAGCGGGAAGAGGGGGCCUCCUCCCUCGAGCCCGAAUACUACCACUACACCCCCCCAGCCCACUGCACGGUGAAGCCCAACUUCCCCUUCCUCCUCUUCAUGCGAGCCAGCGAGCAGAGGGAGGCCGACGGCGGCUCCAGCCCGAAGGCCGCCGGCUCUCCACGGCCCCGGGCCGGCCACAAGCCGGCCGCAAGCGAGACCUCGGGGGCACCGCCGCCCAAGGAGGCGGGCGGCGCCGGGCCCCCCGAGCCGAGGGGCAAGGCCGAGGCCAAAGGCGGACGAGGGGACCCGGGCCCCCCCGCCGGGGAUGGGCAGCCGCCGGCGGAGACCAAGGCGCCCGAGCCCGAAGGCCCGACGGAAGCCCCCCACCAGACCGUCCCCGGGGCCAGAGAUGACCCGGAAGGGCCCAGGCGGCCCACUGGGCCCUUCUUCCCGGUCCUGAGCAAGGACGAGAGCACGGCGCUCCAGUGGCCCUCCGAACUGCUCAUCUUCACCAAGACGGAGCCCUCCGUGUCCUACAGCUGCAACCCGCUCUACUUCGAUUUCAAGCUGUCGCGGAACCGGGAGGGUCGGGCGAGAGGCGGGGAGAAGCCCAAAGAGGCGGGGGACGGUUCGAAGGGGCCGCUCCAGCCCCAGGACCCCGGCGACCCGAGCAAGGACAGGGGGGCGGAGGGCGGGGGCCAUCCCGCCGGCGGGAAGGCGGGGGACGCCGCCCCCUCGGGAUCCGCCUGCAGCAGCCUGAGCCCGGCGGAGCCCGGCGGGAGCCGGGCGGAGGGAGCCGACAGCCUCCCCGGCAGGAAGGAGCAGGCGGGCAGGGCCCACCGCCACAAGAAGAAGAAGAAGCACAAAAAGUCGAGCAAGCGCAAGCGCAAGCACAAGGAAGACCCGGAGGAGAAGGGCGGCAGGGGCGAGGCCGGGGAGAAGGCCAAAAAGCGCAAGAAGCGCAAGCGCAAGAAGAGCAAGUCGUCGGGGCCCGGGGACUCGGAGCGGGGGCCCAAGCCGGAGCCGCCGGGCAGCGGGAGCCCGGCCCCGCCGCGGAGGCGCCGCCGCCCCCCGCCCGACGACUCUCAGAGGAGGUCGCUGCCGUCCGAAGAGGGGACCAGCGGCCAGAAGGAAGAGGGCGGCGGCGGGAGCGGGGGCGGAGGGGGCGGCGGCGGGGCCGCCCAGGACCACGGCGGCAAGAAGCGGAGGGCCGAGCCGCCGCCCUCGGCCCCCUCCACCCCGCCGGCCGCCUCCCGCGGCCGGGGGAGCCGGGCCGGCCGCCGCAGCGAAGAGGACGACGACGAGGGCGACGGCGACUCCGGCCCCUCUCGCCGGCCGUCCCCGGACAGCGAGGGCGACGAGGCGGACUCGGGCAGCGCCCGCUCGCGGAGCCGCUCCCGCUCCGCCCGGCGCUCCCCGUCCAGCAGCUCGGACGCGUCCUCGGACCGCAGCCGCUCCAGCCGGCCGCGGAGCUACUCGGACGACAGCGACUCCAGCGACUCCAGCGAGCGGGGGCGACGGGGGCGGCGGGAGCGGCGGGGCCGGCGGCGGCGGGCCAAGCGCUCGCGCGGCUCCGAGGACGCCUCGGACUCGGGCAGCUCGAAGCCCCGCUCGAAGCGGCGCAAGUACUCCUCCUCCUCGCCCCGCUCCCCGUCCUCCCCGUCGUCCCCGCCCUCCUCCUCCUCGUCCGAGGACGACGACGACGGGUCCAGCCGGAGCCGCGGCCGUUCCCGGAGCCGCUCGCGGGGCCGCUCACGCGGCCGCAGCCGCUGCAGCAGCCGCAGCAGCUGCAGCAGCCGCAGCAGCCGCAGCCCCGACAAGCGGCGGAGCCGCAGCGCCGCGGCGCGCGGCUGGCAACGCAGCCGCAGCUACAGCCGGGGGCGCAGCCGCGGACCCCGCAGCCCCUCGCUGCGGGCGGGCUUCCGGAAGGGCGCCGGGGGCCACGAGAGCCCCGAGGAGCGGCGCCCGGGCCGCCGGGACUUCAUCCGCGCCAAGAUCUACCGAUCCCAGUCCCCGCACUGCUUCCGGGCCGGCCGCGGCGACGACGGCAGGGGCCAGGACGGGGGCCCCGGCAGCCCCGAGGACCGGAACUCGCUCACCGCCAAGCUGCUGCUGGAGAAGAUCCAGGCGAGGAAGGCGGAGCCCAAGCCCGGAGGGACCGGAGAGGCCCCGGGGCCCGCGGCCGCCGCGGCCCAGGGAAGAGCGGGCCCGAAGCUGAAGGACCCGCCCCAGGGCUACUUCGGCCCCAAACUGCCCCCUUCCCUGGGCCACAAGCCAGUCCUCCCUCUCAUCGGGAAACUGCCGGCCCCCCGGAGGCCCGGCCCCAGGAAGAGCGAAGAGGCCGGGCCGGACCGGGAUGAGGAGCGGGAGCCGGAGGAGGAGCCGGACGAGGGGCCUCCGGGGGCCGCCGAGGCCCCCUUCGGGCCCCCGGAGGACGCCGAGGGCUCCCCGCCCUCCACCGCCCGCGAAGAGCCGGAGGAGGGACCCGCCGGAGCGGCCCCCGAGCCGCCCCCGGCCUCCGCCGCCGGCUACCCCCCCGGGGCCGGGGCCUCCCCGGAGCCCCUCGACGGGGACGGCGGGGCCGCCCCGCCGGAGCCCGGCCUGCCGCCUCCGGCCCCCGAGGCGGAGCCCUACGCGGGCUUCGCGCCCCCACCGGGGGAGCCCGGCCCCGAGGAGCCAGACGGGGCGGAGGCGGGGUCCCUGGCCCCCCUGGAGAGCCAGCCCCUCACCUUCACCCCCGAGGAGAUGGAGAAGUACAGCAAGCUCCAGCAGGCGGCCCAGCAGCACAUCCAGCAGCAGCUCCUCGCCAAGCAGGUGAAGGCCUUCCCCGCCUCGGCCGCCCUGGCCCCGGCCGCCCCGGCCCUGCAGCCCAUCCACCUCCAGCCGCCCGCCACGGCCGCGGCCGCGGCCACCUCCAUCACCACGGUGCAGCACGCCAUCCUGCAGCACCACGCGGCCGCGGCGGCCGCCGCCGCCGCCAUCGGCAUCCACCCGCACCCGCAGCCCCUGGCCCAGGUGCACCACAUCCCCCAGCCGCACCUCACCCCCAUCUCCCUGUCCCAUCUGACCCACUCCCUCAUCCCCGGCCACCCGGCCACCUUUCUGGCCAGCCACCCCAUCCACAUCAUCCCCGCCUCGGCCAUCCACCCGGGGCCCUUCGCCUUCCACCCCGUCCCCCACGCGGCCCUGUACCCCACGCUCCUGGCCCCCCGCCCCGCCGCCGCCACCGCCCUCCACCUCCACCCGCUGCUGCACCCCAUCUUCUCAGGGCAGGACCUGCAGCAUCCUCCCAGCCACGGCACCUGAGGGGGGGACGGGGAGGGCCGGAGGGGCCGCCCGCCCCCCCGGAGUGUCACUCAUGCGCGCCGCGGGCCGGGGAGUUGCUUGGCAGCCAAAGAACCGAGCCUGGGCUCGCGGCGGGGGGCGCGCGGCGGGUGUCGGGGGGGGGGUGGCGGCGCGCGAGGUUGGCGUCGGGCUUAAUGUCAGGGAUUUUGGGUUUCGGUUGUGUUUUUCUCCCACCUCUCACCUCUUUCCACACAUCCUGAGCCGGAGAGCCUCUUCACGGAUGAGCGGGCCUUCCCUUCGCCGGGCCGGGCGGGAAGGAUCUACGUAGACCCCUCCUCGUCCCCCCCACCGCGCUGCCCCCACCGCCACUCUUCCCUCCCCCUCCAGCUGACACUCCAGCACGGGGCUCUGGGCUCCGGGCCGGACGACCGACCGACCGGCCGUGCUCGGGAAUCGCCGUUCCCCUCGCCCGAGGCCUCCCGGCGCCGCCCCACGGGCCCGGGCGGAAGACGGGGGUCCGACCCCGCCACCCCGGGCGUCCGAAGCCGGAGCGACCUGGACCCCGGGACUCCCUCGGACUCCUCUUCCGCAGAAGAGCCGGGGUCGCAAGGGCGGCGUGCGGUCAUGCUGAUGUUGUUUUUUUUUUUUAAUUAUUAUUAUUUAUAGGAAUUUUUUUUUUUUAAACGUAAAGAAUUGCACUGAACUCUGUCACCGUCGAUGCUGCUUUUUGUAGCUCCCGAGAAGAAGGUUCCACAUUUGUAGUAUACUGCAAUAAUAUUUUUUACAGCCCGCUCUUUUAGCGCCCCAUCCCGCUGGCUUCGUGUAAAUAGGUUUGCCGCCGUCCCGCCCGGACCCCCGUGAAGUCCCCCGCCCCGCCGGACCCGACAGGCGGAACGCGCCUGCUCCUCGCUGAUGCAAAAAUGACUCAAGCAUGUAUAUUUUACCAAGCUCAUGUAUUUUUGAACUUUUUAUGUAUUAUAAAAUGUAAAAACCAAAAAAAACCCCAACAAAAAAGAAAAAGACAAAAAAAAAGGAAAAUCAUUUAGCAUCUUUGCUGAGAGAAAACGGGCCGCACGGUCUGGAGCGGGCGGGCGGCCUCUCGACUGGCGGAACCGGGGUCUCGGGGCGGCCACCGGCCCCCGCCCCGCUGCCCCCCCGGGAACCCUCUCGCUGUUCGUCGGUUCAAAAUGUGCCUUCUGGGAGACAGAC